AUGUUUAGUGCGACGUUGUUUUGGCUUCUGGUAAGUUAUGACUAUAUUCAAAUGUACAAUAUUGAUAUUUGUUUUAAUAGUUUCACGUGGAGUUUUAAGUUAAGUUUCUUCGUCAUGUUAAUCAUGAGAAUAUUUUUUAAAAAUUGUAACUUAAUUGUAAUAUUGAUGUUUUUUCUUCAAAAGUAAUCUCAUGCCCAAUUUGUAUUCAUAAAAAUCAUUAAUUGUAUUCAGUUUACUCAACCAUCUUCGGGCCUUGUAUAUGUUCAAGGUAUCGUAUUACCCGCUUUAGUAAUAAUUCAUGUCUUUGAGAAGUGCGUUAGUCACAGUUUUGGUCGAAAAUAGUUUAAGAAGUAACAAAAACAACUAAAACAAUAUAGUAAGGCAAUAAUGACGGUGCUUUCAGAUAAUUUUGGUGACUUUUAUCGUAGAUGCAGACCUUACAUUAUACAAUUACCUUUUCAAAAACUACAGGAAAGAAAUUCGGCCUAUGAAUCCUCAACAUCCAGGUAGGGUAACAUCUACAAUUAAUAUUAAGCUUAAUGAAACAGAGUAAAAUAAGGUAAAGUUAACAGAUAUAAGCUGAUAAUAAAUGAGGUAAUGUUUAUAGAAUCCAUAAUGAUAUGUUUUAGCUUCUACAAAUGUAACAGUCCAGCUAUUUUUGAAGCAGAUUCAGAAGGUGAAAGAAAGCGACCAAACUCUGUCACUUUACUGUUGGAUCGAGAUGUACUGGACUGACUUUUACCUAAAAUGGAACGAAAAAGAAUUCAACGGAACCAAAGAGAUCAUCGUUCCAGUUUCAGAGAUCUGGAAGCCGGAUCUUUUGGUUUACAACAAGUAAGGCGACUUCAUUAAAGUUUUAAAAACCUUGCCAAUCUCAGGUAGUAAAAUACUUUAACCUCCUCAACCUGAGGUAGUAAAACAAGUGUACAAAAUAAUAAUUUUCAGUGCUCAUAUGAAUGUAGAAGCAAAUCAGUUGGAAACGAACGCUGUCAUCAAAAGUGAUGGCAGAGUAAGUGUCUACAGAGCCAUGGUAACGCAGAUCACAUGCCUUUUGAAUCUGUAAGUUAUAUUAUCUAAUGAUAAUAUAAAUAAUUACUUUUUUAUUUGAAAUUGUCACAUUUGCAGAGAUGACUUUCCAUUUGACCAACAAAUCUGCUAUAUCAUGCUGUCUUCCUGGAGUUACGAUGGGUCUGGUAUCAUGCUGGACACUUUGGUGAAUACUCUAGUCGAUAACAGUCAAACCGAUCUGGCCAAGAUUAGUACGCUGACUCAUUACAUGGAGAACUCCGAAUGGCAGUUGAACGACUUUAAAAUUAGACGAAAUCUAAAGUAAUUACUGUUGUUGUCAUGGUUUGAUAGUGUGCUAGCCUAGUAGUAUGGCUGCUUAUUGUGGUAGCUGUACAGUAAUGUGACCUCAAGUAGUUGCCUUCUCUGUUGUACUGUGUCUUGACAUCUGUUUCAAAAAACGACUUUCAGAUACUAUGAAUGUUGUCCCUAUGCCUUCCCUGACCUCACAUAUUACUUUUCGAUCCGUCGAAACCCAAUGUAUUAUCUCUUUACUCAGUUACUGCCAAGUUCUUUCAUUAGCGUGGUAAGUGAACCCGAAUUCAGUAACCGAGAAUAAUGUUUUAGAUUACAAUAAUCGGCUCUUUCACCCCGCACCACACAACCGGUGAGAAUCAGGAGAAGAUCACAUUGGGUGCGACGGCCGGCAUGGCGAUUGUCAUUAUCCGUAAGUGAUAUUAUAUUAUACUAAAGAAGUUUUGAAGUUUUCUGAAAUCAACUUGUUUUUCUUGGAUGACAAUACUAAAUUAAAUUUACUAGUGGUACCAUUUACCUAAGUUAUGUGCAUCUUAUUUUAAACACCUAACUUUUAGUUAUGAUGAUAGCGGACAAGUUGCCAGCAACCUCUAACACACUACCGUUGUUAGGAAAGUUUUACGUAGGACUAAUUUUCAUUAUUUUCUUUGGUACCAGCUGUACCACUGUUGUUAUGAGCAUCCAGAUGAAAGGAAAUCUGGGAAAACCCAUACCUGAAUGGCUGCGAAGUUUGAUUCGAAACUCCAGAAUCCUCAGGUACAUCUUCAAAAACAUCAACACAAAACGAAACAUGGUAGGUUCUGUACGGUAAUCGUAUGUUGUAUUAGUUAUUUAUUUAAUAUUGUGUGAAUUACAUAUUUCAGAAGAAACGAUGCACUUGUGGCACAAGAAGGAGUAGCUCGUUCUUCUUGAAGACCGAGAAUGGAGGCUGUAAAUGGGUAAGAGCCAUGAUAACAAGUCGGACACAGAGUAAUUACUUUACAUACAUUACUGUACUUUUAGCUCAUACCAUCCCACACAACCCCUGAAGCGUAUUCCUCUUUAACCCCACCAUAUCAACGUAUCUUGUCGAUAAUGGGCGACAUACGAUGCUCGUCUGAAGCCACAGCUCAACGACUAUAUCAUGAACAAAUGGUUCAAGAGUGCCGGAGGGAAUGGGAAUACAUUGCCAGAGGGUUGGAUCGGGUAUUUCUGUGCUUCUUCGUUACUAUUACUGUUGUCUACGAGUUGUGGCUACUCAGUUUGACCAACAUAACACCCUUAAAGAUCAGCGACGAGUUCAUGAACCUAACUGCAGGGCUUUCGUGA